AGUGGGCUUGGUGCGAAGUUCAAGUUUUGUUUUGUUAUUUGCCAAACGUGUGUGGUAGUGUUACCCCACCCCCCCUCUACCUUGAGCUCUUGUUCAUUGUGUGGCAUAUGCAGUAGGUAUAUCACAUUCCACUUCAAAUGAAAAGGAAGAGUUCUCUUUACAAGAUGUCCCUGGAGUAUGUGUUUGUGUCAUCAUGGUUGACAUCACUGGAAGGGUGACAGCACUCAGCCACUCUUUUAGGGUGCUGGAUGGCUUCAUGUUCUUUUUAAAGUUGGACAGUGGAGGAGAAACUGAACACAUAUUGGUGAAGGAACCCAAGUUUCAAGAAUGGCAUCUAGUCGUUGAAGUAAAUGGGUAUUACACCUUUACUUGCUUACAUCCUGUGGACAUAGAUUUAAAAAGUCAAUCAAUCAAAGCCUUCAGUACAUGCUGUCACUCAACCUUAUCCCAACUCCAUGAGAAAGAAGCAUGUCUACUAGAAUACUCGUUAGCAGGACUGUGCUUGAGAAUGCAGCCUAAAAUACUUUCAUGCAAGGCAAAGGUGGCUGAAGUUAUUGAUGAGGAAGUUGGAAUUUAUCUUCUAGACAACAACAUGAAGCUCUACAUUACCUUCCUCAAAGACCUAACUGGAGAGAUUUGGAAUGAAGAAAGCCCAUAUAAGACAAAGACAUUAGUUGAAGCUCUUAAUAACCAUCAAUCAUUUGAAUCAGAAAGGACAUCAUCACAUUUGCCAAGGUGUACAGAUGUAUAUAAGUGUUUGAAAGUUGGAGACACUGUCAGGAUCAUCAGAUGUCAUUACAUAUUAAAGGAGAAGAAAGUUACACUGGUGUGCUGUGGUCAGAGCUACAUUUUAAAUGAGAGCAGAAAGUUCUUUUUGAACAUAGAUUCAUGUGUAAAAAUACCAUGGAUCACUUCUGCUGUUCACUUCCUCAACUUAAACUUCAAGGGGCUCACCUGGCUACUGAGACUUAAGGAGGAGUUACUCAGUGUCCUUCCUUCCAGUAUCUCAACAUCUGCUUGUCAUUCAAGCCCAAGUCACAGUAGUGACUCUAGCCUGCUUAUGUUGUUACUUGAUGAAGCCAAGAAACGGAAUAUGAUGAAGGAAAUGAAACCUCGCUCAGCAGUGGAGGAGUUCCUUGAGCCUUUCCAUGAAUGUACCAUUAUGAAGGAUUUUGUGCCUCCAUUUCAGCUUGUUUCUUUAAAAGAUAUUUUGGAUGAGCAAACUUCAAAUAAUUCUUCAAUGACUUCAAACCAAGAUCAACAAAUUGGUCAUAGCAGCCAGUUUAAUGAUUUUUGGAGUUAUAACAUCAGUCCAGAGAGCAAAUACUCCAAUGUGUUGGUUGGGAAGUUAGGUGCUGGCCAAGAUGGAGUUUUACAGUUACAUCAAGCUGAGGUGGCAAUGGAUCUAGUUCUUAUUGGCAAUGCAGGCAUGGCUCUAAGCAGUUUUGGAACAACAAUUGCACUUUUUAAUUAUCGUAUUGUUAGAGAAAAUUUUCAUAUGAAUAUGAAAGAUUCUGCAGAUUUUCACAAGAUUUAUCUUGUAUCAAGAAAUUCUGAUUUAAUUGUAUUAGAAGAAGCUGAAAAAAAAUUACCAACUUCAAAGAGAGGUAAUUAUGAUCAAUAUUCAUAUAAAUUUAAACUUUUAUCUAAGAGUGCACUUGUUGUUCCUCAUCAUGGCAAAGACACUUUUUCAUUCUCUAAGUUCUUGCAAAGCAAGUUCUUUGUUGGAAUGACAACCUUAAUGAAAAUUGGAUAUAAAGAGGAGGUAUUAGAAACAUGGCAGAAGUUUGUGAAGUUUUCUGGAGAGAAUGCCUGUCUUUAUCCACUUCUUGAAGUUGGAGAUGAGUGUGAGCUGAAGAUACCUCCUUCACUUGAUGCUGAAGCUAUACUUAAACGGUCUCAUUCAUUUAAUUGGAUGAAGUGUAUAUCAGAGGAUCAAAGUACACACUGCCUUUUUCUGCCUUCAGAGAUUCUUGUACAGAAAGUGUCAUCUGUGCAGAUGAAGUGGGGUGAGAUAGGUGUGCAACAAGUUCAAAAUCAGGGUGACAGUUCAGAACUUCUUACCAUAACUGGCACUGUCAUGUGCAAGAUAUUUGUGCUUCCCAAAUUUGAAUCUGAAUGUUCUAAACUUGCACAUCAUAUAUAUAAGGAUUGCCAUAUUGGUGUUCCUGAAGGCAGACAAAUUAAAAUAUUGAUCAAGGAUGAAGAUGAUUGUAUGCUGUGGCUGUAUAUUACAUGUUCCACAAAUUAUUUCACUAAAAUCUAUCCCUUGUUUGUAGUUCCUGGAAUUAGGAUCAUUGCUACAGAUGUUAGGAGAAUGGUUGCCAAAAACAAGAAUGUGUACAUGAGCAGUUCUAAUUUCACACAUAUUAUACCUCUAUCAAUUUCGAAUCAGAAAAAGCAGAUAAAACUAACAAAGCCACAUUUGUGGAGGCUAGGUAUGUUGUUCUUGGAAAUGUUCCACUCCCUUCUCAUCCAUUUAUAAUAAUUGCUAGGGUUCAUGUAAUUAUGCAAGCAACUUUAAAAGUAGUUUGUAGAGUUUGCAAGAAUAUCAUGGAACAGAGUUCAGUUCAUUGCAAGAACUGCUUUUCACAAUCUUCAGCAAAUAUAGAAGCUUCAGUGACAGUAAAAGUUGAUGAUGGCACAGGCACUGCCAUCAUUCUGGUAAAAAAUCUGAAGCAUUUUGCACUUCUUGUGGGCCUUACAAGGAAAGAUUUUAUAAAACUAUCUAAUAUUGUUCUGUCUCAGUGCAUGCAUUUAGAAUAUGAUUAUUACAAGCCAUCAUCCUCAAAAGAUUUCAUGAUGAUGAUAACUAAAGCAAAAUGUCAUUAUUCUUUUAAGUUUACAUGUAGGAAACAAAGGUCUCAGCCUCAUAUAUGUCUAGAUGUGUCACUGUUAAGGCCAAUUCAAGAUGCAAAGCUUCUACAGUAAAGUAAUUGUUCUUUUAUAAUUUAUAUGUAGGAAACAGUGGUGCUUUUGUUUGACAAGUUCUUAGGUAGCAGCAAAAUUUAUAAAUUACAUUUACUGUAAGCUAGGCUGAUUCACUAAAAUCCUAAACUUGUUCCAUUUCAUGGGGCAACUGAUGGAUACACUUUUUAUAUUUUCUUGCCUCAGCUGCAGACUUUAAUAAGAUCAAAUUAUCAGCUACCUUUGCUCUGAGCUUAUUUUUAAAACUGUUGAGAAUAUAAUGAUUUAAGAUUAUGGUUAUAAGUCAAAAUCAUCCUCAGCUUAAAUAUAGUAAAUGCAAACAAUUAUGACCAUUGUAUGCAUAUGCGUAUUGUAGUAUGUAUAUACAUAUUUGUAUGCAAGUUAUGAUGGAGCAGCUAGAGAGUGCAAGUUAAUGUACAAGUCUUUUAUGUCCAUUUCUUUUUGUGAUAAAGUUUUAAAGUUUGAGGAUGUACUGACAAAAUGCCAAAAUAAAGGUGAUUGAUUUUUAAUGGGAUAAGAAGAAAUGUGAGUAGAGAAUGGGAAAGGGAGUGAGCAAUUUUAUAAUAAGGUGUUGCAUCUUCUCAUCACUGUGAUAUGGAAGAUGUAUAUCCUCAUCCAUAUUGUCACAAGGCAUGUUGCAGUUGAGAUUUGAAAAAUUUAUUUCAAGAAAGCUAUUGGAUUUAUGACUUGAAAUUCUUAGAAUAUUAUCAGCCAAUGGUUGUCUCUGAUGUGUUUGAAUAUGAAUGUGAUAGAGUAAUGUCAUGAUAUCAUGUACAGUAAAACCUCAGCUCACGACCAUAAUUCCCUCCUAAAUCCUGUUCGUCACCCAAUUUGUUCGUCCCAUGAAUCAAUUUUUUCCCAUAAGAAUGUAUUGAAAUACCAUUAAUCCGUUCCAGACCAAAAAUAAAUCAUACUUUUGUCCAUAAAACCCAUUCAAAAUAGACCUUUAAUGUAUGCAUGACAUGAACAAAAUAAUUAUAAAAAGCCUAAAUUGUUU